AUGCUUUAUGAGGCGUUUAGAUCAAUUCGCUGGCAUAUCGGGCAAAUCAAUCAGUUCGAUGUGUAUCGUAAUAAUUCGACACUUUCACUUCAUAAUGAUUACGUUUACAAGUUUGCGUUACCGUUUGAGAAAGUGGACGAUCCAGUUGGAAUGACACUGUUUGUACAACGAAAUUGGUAUCAUUCAAUCACAGUUUCUGUAGGAUAUUUCAUUUUGAUCAAACUUAUCCAGCGAUUCAUGCAAUAUCGUCAAGCAUUCAAUCUGAGAACACCACUCUUUCUAUGGAACGUUUCUUUGGCGGUGUUCAGUUUAAUUGGUUUCAUUCGAUUCACAGAGGAUGUAAUCUAUAGUGUCGCUCAUUUGGGAAUGUAUCGCUCACUGUGCUAUACGGUCCAUCCGAAAAGUGUGGCUGCUUUUUGGGCUUUAUUGUUUGGCCUAUCGAAGAUUGUCGAACUUGGCGAUACGCUAUUCAUUGUGUUGAGGAAGAAGCCGCUGAUAUUUUUGCAUUACUAUCAUCAUGCUGCUAUGCUGAUCUGCUCUGCACAUACUGGUGCAGAACAUGCCGCUUCUGGCCGUUUCGUUGUAACGAUGAAUUUCUUCGUUCACUCGAUUAUGUACUCAUAUUAUGCAUCAACAGCUUACGGUUUCCGUCCACCAAAGUUUGUUAACAUCGUCUCAUUCCAUUUCGUUCGAUUGCGUUCACUUUGUCCAUUGACGAACUUGAUUAUUUACGAUGAAAUCCCAAGGAAAAGGACGUUAAAGAUCAAUCAAAAAUAG